UGAAAAAAGAGAGGCUAUUCUAAUCAUGUAAACAUUGUCCAAGGGCACAGCGCGUUUCUUUUCAAUCCAUCAGUUGUUUGUUACAGUAGGUUAUCUUAUUUGAAGGUUGUUCAUCCAGUUCUACAUGGCUCAAAGGACGGUUGUGAAAAUUGCCACACCAAAACUUCAGAGAGAAGGUGGCGGGUUCCUGGUCCGUCGCGUGAUCGGAGGGGUAGUCCCAAGAUGUGAUCCAUUUCUGAUGUUGGAUCACAUUGGUCCAACAGAGCACAAACCGGGCGAGGCUCUCGGGGCCCCUGACCACCCCCACAGGGGGUUUGAGACAGUCACUUAUGUCAUCGAUGGGGAGGUCAAGCACCAAGAUUCUGCAGGCAACAAAGGUAUCCUGAAGGCAGGGUGGGUCCAGUGGAUGACGGCCGGCAGCGGGGUGGUCCACUCUGAGAUGCCCACAGAUGACCUGUUGAAGAAUGGGGGUAAACAUGAGGGGUUCCAGCUGUGGGUUAAUUUACCAUCUAAGAAUAAGAUGAUGGAGCCAAGAUAUCAAGAGGUGCCAGCAGAAACAAUUCCGUCCGUCAAAACGCCAGAUGGCAACGUCAUUGUCAAAGUUAUCGCAGGGGAAUCUCUAGGAGCCAAGUCAGCCAUCGAGACACUCAUCCCCAUCGUGUUCCUGGACAUCCAUCUGAAGGCCGAAUCCGAGUUUUCUCAGACAAUACCUGAGUCCUGCAAUGGCUUUGUCUAUGUCUGGAGGGGGGCUGGAUUUGUAGGGCACAACCUGCUCCCUGCCCACAUGGGUCAGAUCGGUGUGCUGGGGGAUGCGGGGUCCGAGGUGCUGUUGAAGGCAGGGACACAAGACUGCCAUGUGUUGCUAGUGUGUGGUCAGCCAAUCAACGAACCUGUUGUCCAGUAUGGUCCAUUCGUGAUGAAUACACAGGCGGAAAUAGACCAGGCAAUCGAGGACUACCGAGCAGGUAAGCUCGGAGAGAUCCCCGGCAAGGAAGACAGGUUUCGACAGACAGAGGCAGCUCAGGCUAUGCAAAAGAAAAACAGCUCAACAACAUAAAGUGGCGGCCAUUUUGUAACUCUCAAAUACUCAGUUGUUGUUUGCUUGUUAUGAAAGAUGGUUGCCUUAGUCUAUUUUAUUUCUGUGUUGUUUAUAUAAAAAUAUAUAUAUAUAUAUAUAUCUGAUGUUUUUAAUCUGUGAAACAACUUAUGUACUACAUAUGUGUAGACUUCUUGCAACUUCUGACAAGUACAAGUACUGGUGACGAUUGAACAUAUAUUGAGCUAUUCAAUAUUUAAGACAAGGGGAGUGCCAACAUUAGACCUUACCAUAGUGCAGAUAGAGGUUCUGCUGGAAUCUUAAGCUUACUGAAGAAUUAACUGAAAUAUUUUUUGCGUUUAUUGAGGUAUAAAUAAAUAUGUAAUAAAUGAUAACAUCAAGGUCUGCAUAUUUUAUCAUUAGCAAAAAACUGUAGACAACAAGAUGUAAUCAGCGACAGCAUUCAGUGCAAUAUGAUAAUGAUGCAGUAAAAGCCCCACCCAUUUUGUUAUCAGCCAAUCAGAAAACAGAAGUAAGCUAGUAGGCGUGGCCUAAUAUUUAUUUUCAGCUUAUGGUCCAGAAUCAACCAUUUGGAGGCCACUGUCAUAUAGCUGGAGUGUGGCAUUAAACAACAAAUAAACAAACAAACAAACAUUGUAUUCAAGAUAGGUAUGAUGAAGGGUCUGUAACAAAAACGACCAUUGUUUUCUGAGAAAUAAAACACAACUACUGAUGUUGAAUUGAUAAGAUCUUGGGGUAGCAUGCAAGAAGUAGAUUUUGGGAACACAUGUCUUGAGUCACAUGGUCUGAAAUAGCUGAUGUUGCAUUAAGUCUUCACAUGUGGUUAAGCACAGGACAUACCUCACACAGCAGCUCCUGUGGGUCAAGGUCAUACACUGUAUCCGAAACAUACUGUACCAGACUGUUGCUCAUUUGGAAUAGGAAGUGAUUUUGCCAUGAUUCACUGAUGUAUUGAUGUAUCGAUACAUCGUGAAUUUACACAAUAUGAUACAUGUUACAUCUACUUAUGUAUUAAUUCAUGAUUUAAUACUGUAUCAUUUUUCAAUUGGGUCAAAUAUAGAUGUUUUGUUAUAUAUCUGUGUUCCUUGAUUCCCAAAUUGACAUACAUAUUCAUUGUAAUAAGCAUCCUGGGCAAUUAGAAAAAUUGACAAAGAAUACAACCAUACACAAGCAGUUAUAUUUGUUUUUGAUUUGUGAUAUUGAAUAAGACUAAGUUCAAACAUCGAUGAAACUAAAACAUUUUUGAUAAUAUUUACUAGGCAAUUAUAUUGCCCGUCUAAGCUGCUGUUUUCUGUAAAAAUAAUCCCUAAUAUGCACAAGAAAUUAUUGACUGUCAUGUAAACUUUUGGUCUGGUAUAUAAUGAUUACUUGCAGAAUGGUAUCGAAGUUGGUAACGGGGCGCUUAUUGGAGCAGUGUGCUUAAAUUUGGUAUUGCAGUUGCCAUAUAUGGAUUGUGUGAUUGUUUUCUAAGAAACCUAUAAGAUUCUAAAUUUAGAACUAUAAUAUUUAUUUGGAUUAUUCAUGGCUGAUGAACCAGAUGUGUCCAUUUCUUCCCCAAAAUCAGGAAAUAAUUUGAUUAUUUUAUCAUUGACAUGGAAAAUCAGCCAAAAGAACAAUGGUAUUCAAUGAAAAACAACCUUCCAGGAAUCUUGGAUGACCCACAAACCGUGGGACCAGACUAAUCUGUAGUGUAAGGAUACCUGUUGCAGAAUACAGUUAGGUUGAUUUAAAAAGGCUAUUAAUUACAGUGUAUGACCUUCCACAACCUUGUGUCUGUACGAUAAUCUCAUUAUUCUAUGCCAAAUGUGAUCCUUUGUUGUAUUUGCUCGUAAAUGCAUGAUGAGUUGUGUGAAUAGCUAAUGACUGGUAUAUUCAAGUUGUUAAGGCUUAAAAAUAUAAAAGAAUUGGCUCUCAGGCAAUGACUUUUGAAAAAAUAGAGCGGGUGGGUGGAGUUUUUUUUGUUGUUGCUUGUUCAAACUAGUAUGUAACAAUAUAAACAGUUGUGUACCAUCAACCUAGGAAAGGGCUUCACUACGUAAACAAGCAUACAAACUCCUAUUGCCGCCAUGACCAUAACAAGAGAUGCGCUCUUGAGCAAUGCACAUGUAAAGGGAAGUAACUGCAUGCUGUAUUGGGUCGCAUUGUUUUUAAGUAUUAGGAUUUAUAUAUUUUUUAAAUGGAUAAAAACCUAAAACGUAAACUUUAUGAUAUUGUGGGCGGUGUCUGAGAACCAAGACUAUUAUUUUUUUAGCCUAAAGCACAUAUAUUUUUAACAGAAUAAGUCUGAUCUAUAUCAUGUAUACAUGUGAUAACAGGGUUAAAUGUUCAAGGAAAUGUUGAUCUCCAGGUUUCUACUUUUACAUUUUAAAAACGACAAUUUCUAUUAGAUGCAUUGCGAAGGUUUUUACAAUUAUUGACAAUGAUCUAUUUUUGCAGAUUGUCAAAAGUUUUUCACACGAAACAUUAUUAUAUUUCUACCUCUUACAAUCUGUUUAUCAGUCGGAGACAUGAAAGUGAUAUUCUUGUAAAUAUUUAAUUUCAGUUGUAGCGAAGAUAAGUCCUUGUCUUCUAUUGUAACUUGUGUGAAGUCAAGUAUCCGUGUACAUGCUAUGGUUUUUUCAUGAAGUCGUAUGUAGUUUUUAAGGAUGUAGUAUCAGCAAGUAGAUUCAUUCCUGAUUGGUUGACAGGGAUUAGCUACACCUGACCUAACCAGCUAACUAAUCAUGGUUGAUGAUUAGUUGACCAUAUGAUUUUGUGAUUUUACAUACAUAGCAAGUUUCACAUCCCUGAUCAGAGGGUCCUGAUGGGGUGUACUGUUAGUGUAAAGCAACUAAUAAAACUAUCAUAAACAUAAGAUGAGUCGGAAUUUGUAUUUUAAAAGAUUAAUGUAAAGUGUAUUAAAAAUUCUGCUUAGCAUAAAUUAUACAUUUCCUGUUUAUUGAAUAUUGCUAAAAUAUAGUAACAGUCGAUCUAACUACACAACAAAAUUUGGUAUUUGGAAAACACGAAUUGCAGUAAUGAUACAAAAACAGAACCAAUUAUUCCCAUGUUUCCCAACAGUGUGACGAUCAGCAGUUGCAUAGACAUGAUUCCGCAUUUUAUAUUCAACUUGACAGCUUCUCGUCUGUUCGAGUGUUUUUAUUUAUUAAGCUGAAAAGAUAAUGACUAUUGACUUGGAACACCCCCCAUCAAGACCCUCUGAUCAGGCAGCCUGCUCAAUGUCAUUAACAUCAGACCUUUUUUUCUGAUUUGCACCUGUGUUUAUAGAUCUGACAAACGCUCUUAGAGGCGUAAAUUUUCAGCAUAUUUUAUUGUGUAAAUUGUUUGCUACUUGUGCAGACUUUUUUAAUUUACUGUAUUGUUAACUCAGUGCAAGGCAAAGGCUGAAUCAGUUACCUCAGCUUUCCCCUAAGGGAGUCUGGGUUAGAAUUGGUAGCCAAGAAGCUAUGCUUGUCGUAAGAGGCAAGCAUCGGGUUGUCAUGUUCUAUGACUUGGUUGAUGGCGUGUCCAGACUUUACAUGCUGCCGUCAUAUAAUAUUGCUAGACUUGAAAAUUUACAUGCUCCCGUCAUAUUGCUAGAAUAUUGCUGAGUUUGGCUUAGAACAACAACCACACUCACUCACACCUUUUUUGUUAUCAAUUGGCAAUGGUUUAUCUGUAGAAUGAACCUGCUUCUAAAAAUAGAAGAAGACGAGAAUGGGACAAGUGCUAAUGACAGAGGAUGAGCGCCACAUUUGGAUACUCAUUUGUCUGUUGAACAUUGUGCUCAAUGAAAACCUUGUUGAUUGGACGUGGUGCUAGUAUUAGAAAAGUGAGAUGAGUCCAAUAACACUGUGUAGCCAUUUAACUCCAAGUAGUUUUUUCUAUGAUCAGUAGAGGAGUGUUUGCUACUGAUCAAAGUAUGAUAUACUGAUAGAGUUUAAGUAGACGCCUAGAAGAAUUCAGAUGAUGCUGAAACAGCAGAGACCAACAGUAGUCACAGCAUCCCAGCAGGAUGGUGCUAUUUGCCACUUCAUUUACAGAUCUGCUAACAAUAUUUCACAAAUUUGAUUGCAGUCAAAAGUGUUUUCUUCUUCCAUCAGCCUGUUAACAAAUUUCAGUGUAAGUAAAGAAACGCCAAAGAAGUCUGACAUGGAAAGGGAAGUAACUCUUGUCAUUCAAAGAAUUCUCAAAGCCAUUUCUUGCUUUCAGUAAAAAUAUUUCACCCUGAAAACUAUGCUAUUAAUGAUGUUUUGAUAACUUAACUUACAUUAUUUUGACUCCAACAAUAUGGGUUAAAUCCAAGUAAUACAUGCCUAAGUCCAAGUAUGUUUCUACAACUGAUCAUAAUUGCACUCUGAAAAGUUGUUUCCAUUUGUGAACUUUGAGAGUUUCCAGUCCUAUCUCACACCUUUAGUUAGCUGUGAUAAAAGUUGUCAUCCUUCCCAGUUUGUUGGAUUCUUCUAUACUAUCAUAUAACAAGACCAUCCAAUUGCUGCUAUUGUUGCUUCCAAUGUGUAACAUCCCAAACUUGAUAUUAGCCAUUGAAUGUGUCAUGUUAGUCACACAAGCCCAAGAUACGAUUGUCCCGAGUUGCAUCAUGCAGCAAGCGCAGUUUAUUGUUUUUCAUAUUCUUGGUGAUUAGAUUUUUUAACCAUAAUAAUUUUAAAAAUACUAUAAAUAUUCAGUUGAUAAUUGCUUUGACCUAUUUAGAUUACAUUGGUGGGGUGGUGGGGUAGUCUAGUGGUUAAAGCGUUUGAUUACCCACAUUGGUAAAAUGUACGAGGCUCAUUGCUGGUGUCCCCCACAUUGAUAUUGCUGGAAUAUUGCUAAAAGCAGGGUAAAACCAUACUCUCAUUCACUCACAUGGUGAUUAGAAUUUGUAACUAUGAUAAGUUGAGAACAACAAAGAAUACUCAGUUGAUAGAAGCUUUGACCUAUUUGUUGUCUUUAUCUAUGGAUUCUUGGUUUGUAUGCUUUAUACGUUGCCAGUGUUUUUUGUUUGGCUUCUUUCACAUCGCAAUAUUUUAUGCAAUAUUGGAAUUUUCUAACUAGAAAAUGUGUUAUUUGUCAUUUGAUGUUACUGUUUUGUUCAUAUGAAAUAUAUCUGUAUGUUUAUGUAAAUAAACACUUUUGUUUUAAAA